AUAGAAAUAUAUAUAUCCGCCAAGCGUUCACAAUAACCACCUGAAAACCCCCUGCCUGUCUCUCUAUCGCUCUCACAAAAUACAAACCCUAAUCGGGGUUCACGCACCAUGAUUAUCACUCAAGUUUCUCGCUCAGGCACUUAGCAAAUUGCAUCAAGAAAUCAUCUCAACUUAUCGAUUUUGGCAUUCUUUUCUCAUCGGAGAUUCUCAAGUUUCAUUUUCUCGACUUCGCGAUUUCAUUCAGUCGGCGAUUGAGGAAUAAUUCGUGUUGAUCUCUCUUUAUUCAACCGAAGGAGAUUUCAUUUUUGCCGUUCGAUUAAUCGCUGAAAUUGGUUUUCCAAGUUCGUGAUUUCUCUCUCUCUGGAGAUUUAAUUUUGUUAAUCGGCGUCGGCGAUCAAGGAAUUUGCAGCUAUUUGUUGAAGAUUCUGGAUCGGAGUUUUCAGAUUAAAAGAUUAGGGAUUCUGUUGCUAUUCAAAACUUGCCUGCGGACAUAAGGGCUAUGUUAGGGUUUUUGACGGAAUUAAUUCAUCAAAGCAUCGGACUUUGAAGAAAAACGCGUCGAAUAGUUUGGUUUGUUCUUGAAGAAGAUAUAUAAGGAAAAAAAUAGCUCAAUUCUUGUAUUGUUAUGUUUUUUUGUUUUGAGUUGAAUAUAAGGCCAACCAUUUUUUUUUUCUUUUUCUUUUUUCCUGGGUGGGCCUUUGAUUAUCAUUUUAUAAUCUGCUGUUAUUGAUUAUAAUUUUUAUUUUUUAUAUGAAAAUUUUUAGCGUGUGAACAAAAAACAAAGCAAUGGCUGUAUAUUACAAAUUUAAGAGUGCUAGAGAUUAUGAUUCUAUAGCAAUGGACGGUCCAUUUAUAUCAGUUGGUGUCUUGAAAGAAAAAAUAUUUGAAUCAAAGCACUUGGGCAGAGGCACUGACUUCGACCUUGUGGUUACUAAUGCUCAAACAAAUGAAGAAUAUCUAGAUGAAGGCAUGUUAAUUCCAAAAAAUACCUCUGUGUUAAUUCGUCGCGUUCCUGGAAGGCCUCGCAUGCCCAUUGUUACUGAGCAAGAGCCAAAGGUUGAGAAUAAGGUGGAGGAGACACCAUUAGAGAAGAGUAGCUUUUCAGCUCCUGAUUCAUCUGCCAUGAAAUAUACUGAAGACAAUGAAUGGGAUGAGUUCGGAAAUGACUUGUAUGCAAUUCCUGAAGUAACACCAGUUCAGCCUAGUAAUGUGCUUCCUGAUGCUCCCCCUACCAAUAAGGCUGACGAGGACAGCAAGAUUAAAGCCCUGAUUGAUACACCAGCCUUGGAUUGGCAACGUCAAGGAACAGACGGAUUUGGUCCUGGUAGGGGUUUUGGAAGGGGUAUGGCUGGAAGAAUGGGUGGACGUGGCUUUGGUCGGUUAGGGUUGGAGCGGAAAACACCUCCACAAGGUUAUGUAUGUCACAGGUGCAAGGUGCCAGGCCAUUUUAUUCAGCAUUGUCCUACAAAUGGUGAUCCAAACUUUGAUAUCAAAAGAGUAAAACCUCCUACUGGAAUUCCAAAAUCAAUGCUAAUGGCAACCCCUGACGGCUCAUAUGCAUUGCCUAGUGGUGCUGUUGCUGUUUUGAAGCCUAACGAGGCUGCGUUCGAGAAAGAAAUCGAAGGCUUACCUUCUACACGAUCUGUUGGCGAUCUUCCACCAGAACUUCACUGCCCGUUAUGCAAGGAAGUUAUGAAAAAUGCUGUCUUAACUAGCAAAUGCUGUUUCACAAGUUUCUGUGACAAGUGUAUAAGAGAUUAUAUCAUCUCAAAGGCAAAAUGUGUAUGUGGGGCAACAAAUAUUCUUGCAGAUGAUCUUCUUCCUAAUAAAACUCUGAGGGAUACAAUCAACCGUAUUUUGGAAUCUGGUAACAGUAGCGCUGAAAAUGCAGGAAGCACCUUUCAGGUUCAAGAUAUGGAGUCAGCUCGCAAUCCACAGCCUAAGAUUCCAUCACCCACGCAGUCUGCUGCAUCUAAGGAAGAGCAGAAGCCCUCCCCUGCUAUUGAAGAAACUCCAAACCCAAAUUUGAAGGAAAAAGUGGACGAGGAGAAGCCUGUUAUCCUCUUACAGCAAGUCCCUGAUAAACCAAGGACCUAUAAGGCACCUGAUGUAUCCGAGGCUACCCAUGAGUCAAUGAGCAUGAGGGAGCCAGCAUCACAAGGCAGUGCUCCACUUGCUGAGGAGGAAGUGCAACAGAGGCUGGCUCCUGGUGAGGCGGGGAAAAAAAAGAAAAAGAAGAAAGUUCGCAUGCCUCCAAAUGAUAUGUGGAAAGCCUCUCAAGAUCUUGCAACUGAGAGUUAUAUGAUGCCUCUUGGCCCCUCUGCCUAUAAUCCGUAUUGGAAUGGCAUGCAGCCAGGUAUGGAAAGUUACAUGAAUCCUAUGAAUCCUUUUGCUGCUCCCAUGCCCUUCAUGGGUUAUGGAAUGGGCCCCUUGGAUAUGCCAUUUGGGGGUGUCAUGCCUCCAGACCCUUUUAGUGCACAAGGUUAUAUGAUGCCUGUUGUUCCCCCCCAGAGGGAUCUCGCAGACUUUGGAAUGGGUAUGAAUGCUGGACCUCCAGCAAUGAGCAGGGAGGAAUUUGAGGCUCGGAAAGCUGAUUUGAGGAGGCGGCGUGAAAAUGAGAGGCGAGCUGAAAGGGAAUUCCCCAGAGAUCGAGAAUUUGGUAGGGAAGUGAGCAGCGGUGUUGAUAUUUCUUCAAUGAAAUCUAAGCCUAUCCCCCAACCGUCGAGGAGCGGCGACCCUCAUCCCCACCACCGCCAUCGAUCUGAAAGGUCUUCACCUGAACGCCCUGUCCGCGACCUUGAACCUCCUGCACCGCCACCACCUCGCCCCUCCAAAAGAAAAGCAGACCACCACGACCGUGACAGAGAUAGAGACUAUGAUCACCACGAUGACAGGGAACGGGAACGAGAACGAGAACGCCACCACCGUCACCACCACCAGCAUCAUCACCGUUCAGACUCCUCUGCAAAAGCAGCAGCAGCAGCAGAGACGGCUCCUAAACCUACAUCAACGGCAGCAAUGGCAACAUUAACAGCAGCAGAGCGGAAGCACAAAGCAAGCGUGUUCUCUCGCAUUAGCUUUCCGGAAGGAGGAGAGACGAAGAAACGCAAAGUAUCUUCUCCUUCUUCUUCAGGUGAAGCAGCUGGUGGUCAUCAACACAAGUCUUCAUCCACAGUUUAUAACAAUGGUACUGUCAAGGCAGCAUCAGUGUCUACUAGUGGUGGUGGUGGAGGCAGGAAGAGUAGCAGUGGUGCUGCUGCUGCAGUUGAUUACGAGUCGAGUGAUGAUGAAAGGCAUUUCAAGAGGAAGCCAUCCAGGUAUGAGCCCUCUCCUCCACCACCUGCUGACUGGGAAGAUGAAAUUAAGCAUUCUAGAAGCUCAAGGGAUCGCAAGCAUAGAUAAUAUCAUUUCGCCAUUCUAAAAGCUCUGCUAUAUUGUGGGACCACCGUCUCGUUAGUCCAUAGUCCACAAUUCAGCUAAAAAAAGCAAGUUGCUGUGCUGUGGCGAAGGGGACAAUUUGUCUUAAAACAGAACAAGUGAUACGAGUAAAUGAAAAUGAGCUUUUCAUAGUUUGGAUGAGAAGAACGGCGAUGAUUCCUAUGCCUUCUAUUAAACAAUUUCAGAAAUUUUUAGUCUGUUUCUCGCAUUUGGUUGGAUAUCUAUGUUAAUUAUACAUCUAUUUAUUUUAAUAAAACACUUUGUUUUCCGUCA